AUGGUCAAACAUCUUAUUGUCCAGUUUGGUUUGCUAUCCCCUGAGGAAGUGAGAGCCAUUUCUGUCGCCAAGAUCGAAUAUCCCGAAACUAUGGAUCAAGCAACCAAGAGGCCUCGUGAAGGUGGUCUCAACGAUCCAAGGUUGGGCUCUAUCGAUAGGAACUUCAAGUGUCAAACUUGUGGUGAGGAUAUGGCUGAGUGUCCAGGCCACUUUGGACACAUUGAGUUGGCCAAACCAGUGUUUCACAUAGGUUUUAUCGCAAAAAUUAAAAAGGUAUGUGAAUCCAUUUGUAUGCACUGUGGGAAAUUACUAUUGGAUGAGCUGAACCCUUUGAUGGCACAGGCUAUCAAAAUCAGAGACCCAAAGAAGAGAUUCAACGCGGUGUGGAGUGUAUGUAAGAGCAAAAUGGUUUGUGAAACCGCCACUAGCGAAGAGGAGAUGGGUGACCAUUCGACCAGAGGAGGAUGUGGGCAUACGCAACCAACCAUCCGUAGAGAUGGACUAAAGUUGUGGGGAACUUGGAAGCACAACAAAAACUUCGAAGAGAAUGACCAGCCAGAGCGUCGUUUGUUGACGCCAUCGGAAAUUCUCAACGUGUUUAAACAUAUAAGUCCUGAGGAUUGUUAUAGGUUGGGAUUCAAUGAGGACUAUGCUAGGCCGGAGUGGAUGUUGAUUACAGUUUUGCCUGUGCCUCCACCACCAGUAAGACCAUCCAUUGCGUUUAAUGAUACGGCAAAGGGAGAAGAUGACUUGACAUUCAAGUUGGCAGACAUAAUAAAAGCAAAUAUCAAUGUGCAACGGUUGGAAAUAGAUGGGUCUCCACAACACGUUAUCAGUGAGUUUGAGGCGUUGCUUCAGUUUCACGUGGCUACUUAUAUGGACAAUGACAUUGCCGGGCAACCUCAAGCAUUGCAAAAGACAGGACGUCCAAUCAAGUCAAUCAGAGCAAGAUUGAAGGGAAAGGAAGGUAGAUUGAGAGGUAACUUGAUGGGAAAAAGAGUGGACUUUUCUGCACGUACCGUCAUUUCUGGUGAUCCCAAUUUGGACUUGGAUCAAGUUGGUGUUCCGAUAUCGAUCGCCAAGACAUUGACCUAUCCCGAAAUUGUAACCCCUUACAAUAUCCACAAGUUGACUGAAUUGGUGAGAAACGGCCCAAAUGAACAUCCCGGUGCCAAAUAUGUAAUUAGAGACACUGGUGAUCGUAUCGAUUUGAGGUACAAUAAGAGAGCGGGUGAUAUUGCUUUGCAGUACGGCUGGAAAGUCGAACGUCAUUUGAUGGACGAUGAUCCAGUUUUAUUCAAUCGUCAACCAUCAUUGCACAAGAUGUCUAUGAUGGCGCACAGAGUGAAGGUCAUGCCUUAUUCUACAUUCAGAUUAAACUUGUCGGUCACAUCGCCAUACAAUGCCGAUUUCGAUGGUGACGAAAUGAACUUGCACGUACCACAGUCCCCGGAAACAAGGUCUGAGUUAUCCCAAAUUUGUGCUGUGCCUCUCCAAAUUGUCUCACCACAGUCCAACAAGCCGGUUAUGGGUAUUGUACAGGAUACGUUGUGCGGUAUUCGAAAAAUGACGUUGAGAGACAUUUUCAUUGAAUAUGACCAAGUUAUGAAUAUGUGCUACUGGAUCCCUAAUUGGGAUGGUGUUAUUCCACCGCCGGCCAUAAUCAAACCAAAACCAUUGUGGUCGGGUAAGCAAAUGUUGUCAAUGGCCAUACCAAAAGGUAUUCAUAUCCAAAGAUUUGAUGGUGGAAGAGAUUUGUUGAGUCCUAAAGAUACCGGUAUGUUGAUUGUCGAUGGUGAGAUCAUGUUUGGUGUCGUUGACAAAAAGACUGUUGGUGCCACAGGUGGUGGUUUGAUCCAUACGGUAAUGAGAGAAAAGGGACCCCAGGUUUGUGCCCAGUUGUUUAGUUCUAUUCAAAAAGUGGUCAACUUUUGGUUGUUGCAUAAUGGAUUCAGUAUUGGUAUCGGUGACACCAUUGCCGAUGCCAGCACCAUGAAGGAUAUCACCAAAACGAUUCAGGAGGCUAAACAAAAAGUGCAAGAGAUUAUCCUUGACGCUCAACAUAACAAGUUGGAUCCAGAGCCAGGUAUGACUUUGAGGGAAUCCUUUGAGCACAAUGUGUCUCGUGUGUUGAAUCAAGCACGUGAUACUGCUGGUCGUUCAGCUGAGAUGAGUUUGAAGGAUUUAAACAAUGUGAAGCAGAUGGUUACCUCUGGUUCAAAGGGUUCGUUUAUCAAUAUUUCCCAGAUGUCUGCGUGUGUUGGUCAACAGAUUGUCGAAGGGAAAAGAAUUCCAUUUGGUUUCUCUGAUCGUUCAUUGCCUCAUUUCACCAAAGACGAUUAUUCGCCAGAGUCAAAGGGUUUUGUGGAAAACUCUUAUUUGAGAGGAUUAACACCACAGGAAUUCUUCUUCCAUGCCAUGGCAGGUAGAGAAGGUCUUAUUGAUACUGCCGUCAAGACUGCAGAAACUGGUUAUAUUCAACGUCGUUUGGUGAAAGCAUUGGAAGAUAUCAUGGUGCACUACGAUGGUACCACCAGAAAUUCUUUGGGAGAUAUUAUCCAGUUCAUCUAUGGUGAAGAUGGUAUUGAUGCGACUCAGGUUGAGAAGCAGUCUGUUGAUACGAUUCCUGGAUCCGAUGAAAGUUUCGAACGCAGAUACAGAAUUGACUUGUUGGAAAAGAAUGGUUCCGUUUCAGAGUCAUUAUUGGAAUCGGGUAAAGAAAUUCAAGGUGAUGUCAAAUUGCAAAAGCUUUUGGACCAAGAGUAUAACCAAUUGCUUGAAGAUAGAAAGUACUUGAGAGACAUUUGUUUCCCCAAUGGUGAUUUCAGCUGGCCACUACCAGUCAACUUGCGUCGUAUUAUCCAAAACGCUCAACAAAUUUUCCACAACGGCCGUUACAAAGCAUCUGAUUUGAGAUUGGAUGAAAUUGUCAAUGGUGUUAGCGAGUUGUGUACAAAGUUGUUGGUUGUGAGAGGAAACACGAAAUUGGCCAAAGAAGCACAGGAGAAUGCCACUUUGCUUUUCCAAUGCUUGGUGCGGUCAAGGUUGGCUUCACGCAGGGUUAUUGAAGAAUUCAAGUUGAACAAGUCCUCUUUUGAUUGGGUGUUGGGUGAAAUUGAAACACAAUUUCAAAAGUCAGUUGUGCAUCCUGGUGAAAUGGUGGGUGUUGUGGCUGCUCAGUCUAUUGGUGAGCCUGCAACUCAAAUGACAUUGAAUACAUUCCACUAUGCCGGUGUCUCCUCAAAGAAUGUUACAUUGGGUGUUCCAAGACUUAAGGAAAUCUUGAACGUUGCAAAGAACAUCAAGACGCCAGCAUUGACAGUGUACUUGGAUCCAGAGGUUGCAUCUGACAUCGAAUUGGCCAAGAUUGUCCAGUCGUCCAUUGAGCAUACCACGUUGAAGAACGUCACUUCAUCGACCGAGAUAUAUUAUGAUCCAGACCCAAGAACCACGGUUAUUGAGGAGGAUUACGAUACUGUUGAGGCCUAUUUUGCUAUUCCCGAUCAAAAAGUCGAGGAAAGCAUUGAAAAACAGUCGCCGUGGUUGUUGAGAUUAGAACUUGAUCGUGCAAAGAUGUUGGACAAGCAAUUGACAAUGGCACAAGUUGCCGAAAAGAUCUCACAAAACUUUGGGGAGGACUUGUUUGUUAUUUGGUCAGAUGACACAGCCGACAAGUUGAUUAUUCGUUGUAGAGUUGUUAGGGAUCCAAAGACGUUAGAUGAGGAUGCUGAUGCAGAAGAAGAUCAAAUUUUGAAACGUAUUGAAGCUCACAUGUUGGAGUCUAUUUCUUUGAGAGGUAUUCCCGGUAUCACCAGGGUGUUUAUGAUGCAACACAAGGUGAGUAAACCAGAUGAGACAGGAGAGUUCAAGCAAGGUAAAGAAUGGGUAUUGGAAACUGAUGGUGUCAAUUUGGCCGAUGUUAUGGCGGUUCCAGGUGUUGAUUCAGCCCGUACAUAUUCCAACGAUUUUAUUGAAAUUUUGUCGGUUUUGGGUAUUGAAGCUACUAGGUCUGCCUUGUAUAAGGAGAUAUUGAAUGUUAUCGCAUUCGACGGUUCCUAUGUUAAUUAUCGUCAUAUGGCGCUUUUGGUUGACGUUAUGACGUCUCGUGGUCAUUUGAUGGCAAUCACUCGUCAUGGUAUCAACAGAUCCGACACCGGUGCUUUGAUGCGUUGUUCUUUUGAAGAGACGGUGGAAAUUUUGUUGGAUGCUGCUGCUGCUGCAGAGUUGGAUGAUUGCAAGGGUAUUUCGGAGAAUGUUAUGUUGGGACAAAUGGCGCCAUUGGGAACAGGUGCGUUUGAUGUCAUGGUUGAUGACAAGAUGUUGCAACAAGCCCCAGCCAAUGUUGCAAUGGAGGUGAUUGCUGAGGAUGGAGGAGCCACUCCAUACAGAGAAGCUGAAAUGCAAGAUGAUAGAAUCCAAGUUGACGAAAGUGCUGGUUUUUCUCCAAUUCAUCAAGCACCUACUUCAGAUGGCAUGAAUGGAGGAUUGACAUCAUAUGGUGGACAACCAACUUCGCCAAGUGCCACAUCGCCAUUCAGCUACUCAACAAGUCCAAACUAUGGAGGAACGAGUCCUGGUUACGGAGGUACAAGUCCUGGUUAUGGGUACUCACCCACUUCACCAAGCUACUCGCCUACUUCCCCUAGCUACUCACCUACAUCUCCAAGUUACUCACCUACAUCUCCAAGUUACUCACCUACAUCUCCAAGCUACUCCCCAACGUCGCCUAGCUAUUCACCUACUUCACCAUCGUACUCCCCAACGUCCCCAUCUUACUCUCCAACAUCUCCAUCAUACUCACCAACUUCGCCAAGCUACUCACCUACAUCUCCAAGCUACUCCCCAACGUCGCCUAGCUACUCCCCAACGUCGCCUAGCUACUCCCCAACAUCCCCAUCGUACUCACCAACAUCUCCAAGUUACUCACCAACUUCGCCAAGCUACUCCCCAACGUCGCCUAGCUACUCACCUACUUCUCCAUCGUACUCCCCAACGUCUCCAUCGUACUCCCCAACGUCUCCAUCUUACUCCCCAACAUCCCCAUCGUACUCACCAACAUCACCUACGUACUCGCCUACGUCGCCUCUGUACUCACCAACUAGCCCACAGUAUUCGCCUACUUCGCCUAGUUACUCCCCACGCUCUCCAGGUUACGAUCCUGAGUCACCCAAGAAGGAAGAGAAGUAA